AUGGAAUCUGAAUAUGAUGGCCAACAAGGAAAGAUUAUAGAGGUUUGCACAGGUCCGCAGUGUUCCGUUUCUGGCGCGUCAGCAGUACAGCUGGAAAUUGAGGACCUUGUCAUUGAAGCUGACGAUGGCUUUCACAUUCAGGAGGCAGGUUGUCGAGACUUUUGUACUAUGGGGCCCAAUGUCUACUGCAGUGGCUCGCAUUUUUCCAAGGUUCAGAGUCCAGAAGAAUGUGAGAGGAUUGCAAAGGAGAUUGGUAUGUCGUCGGCUGACGAUGCAGAUCCCAUCCAAUCCACGGUUGGAAAGAUGAUGAGACGAAAAGCAAACAGAAAACGAUGGCAACUCUUGAGGAAUAUCGCACGGCAGAAAAGCGCAGGAGUCAAUAAAUCUGAGAAGUGGAAAAAAGAGUUGCAUGAGCUUCACGGCUUAGAGCUACGUGCCGCUGAAUCAUCUAACAGUGCAUCCGAAUUGAAUCAAAGAGCCGAUAGAAGAUUGAAACGAUUUCUAAAUUAUGUUGAUGACACGUCAUAG